GCCCCUCAGGGCGUAGAUGUAGAAUUUCCGUCCCAAUUGUCGUGGACACCUCGAGCUUGGUUUUCGGUAAACUGUCAGAAGGCGCACACUGUACUACCGCAAGAACCGAGAAUAUAAACUCAGCAGCACUAAUCCAGUAAUCUUUUGGUACUCAUUGCGAGGAUCUCAGUCCUCAUUCACCAGAGACGUGGUCUCCCAGGCUCAGACGGGCACGAUGCUCGACCGCUCUCGCUUCGCGCAUAUGUCAAUUGACACGUCAGCUGACGACCUCCGACCGUGCUCGCCGUUAGUCGAGGAAAUUGCGCUACAUACGGCACCAUCGGACUUCCCACCAGGCCACGGCAGAACCGACGCGGAAAACCGGGAAUAUCAUAUCAGCGGAGUUUAUCAACGCACUCUUAAGUUACUUCGCGAGCUCCUCUCCCCUCACUGCAAAGCUCAACGGCGCGGAAGGCGCGCAGGCUCCGCUUGUUCCGCUGGUUCCGCCACCCGCUCCUCCCAAGGCGAGCGCAUCGUGAGCCCCAAAGCCGCGCGCGAGUUUUCCGCGGCUUAUUCGGUUGGAAAGUUUCUCGGUCGCGGGAGCUAUGGCGUCGUACGGGAGUGCAUCAGCCGCCGUACGGGUCGUACGUACGCUUGCAAGGUGAUACGGAAAGAAGAAAUGCGCAACCGUCGCGCGGAAGAGGCGGCAAUUCGGCGGGAGGUGGAGAUUCUCCAGCAGCUCGCUGGCCACCCGCACGUGGUCUCUCUCGUGGACGUAUUCGAGGACAGGGCGGCGAUUUUCGUCGUUAUGGAGAAGUGUAACGGCGGAGAGUUGUACGACCUGCUGUGCGAAACGGCUGCGGGUGCAGGCAGCCGCGCGAAUGACGGCGCAGACGACGCUCGCUUCUGUAACGACGCUUCGGCCGAUGCUUCCAGCGUAUCAUCGUGCUCCUCUUCCGAGGACGAGGGCGAUGGAGGAAGGUUCGGCGAAAGUGGGUCGUUGAGGUCGCCGCGAGACAGCGGAGGGAUGGAGGAGCAGAAAGCAGCGGCGAUUUUCAAGCAGGUUGUACGCGCUGUAGAGCUGUGCCAUGCCAGUGGGAUUCUGCACCGCGACCUCAAGCUCGAAAACAUUCUACUGUGCUUCCCGGAAACUGCUGAAGACCUGGCUUCGUGCCGACCCUGGUGCUUUCCCCUUGUCAAGCUUGCGGAUUUCGGCUCUGCAGUCUCCCUCCCUCCCGGACAGCUUGCGUCAGGUGUUGCUGGCAGCAGAUUAUACCAAGCACCAGAAGUCCUCCAACAGUGUAAAUAUGGGUUUAAAGCCGACAUGUGGUCUCUAGGGGUGGUACUGUUCUCUUUGCUGUCUGGUUCACUCCCCUUCAUGGCUCACUCCAGGCGGUCUCAGACUCGCCUGGCUAAGAAAGGCGUAAGGAAGAUAGAUUCAAGUGCAUGGGAGGGAGUGUCACCAGAAGCAAAGGAGCUGGUUACAAGGUUACUGGCUGUGGAGCCGAAUCAGAGGCCGUCUGCUGAAGAGGUGCUGCAGGAUCCAUGGAUUGUGAAGUUUGGAAGACAGCAAUCAAGCACCUAAAUAAACGGCCAGAUUUGCGACUGAGCAGAGCUGUGAGGGCAUACAAUACAACGUCAGACACUCAUGCGUUGGCAACAUGUGACACGUGUGCCACACUAAGGGCGCAUCCAUAGCAAAUUGCCCUAAUGUAUAGAUCCCCUGGAAUUAUGAUGAGAUGAGAAAGGAUUUUUCCAGCACUGGCAUUGUACACGUGCUAGUUCACCAGCAAGGUAGUAGCGGAGCGGAGUACUUGAAGGACGACCAGAGCAUUAUGAGCUGUACUUCUCUUCCU